AUGAAAAGAAAAGCUGCUGAAACGUCUAGCUCUUCGGCAAGUAAAUCUCAAACAUUAGAAGAUGACAAAGUUGAAAGUUUGUUUAAUCCCAAGAUUUGGGACCCCAAAUAUCAACAAGAGUUAAGAGAUGAGAUUGCUAGCUCUAAACCCUUUAACUGGGGAUCAAUUCCAAAUCUAGUUGAUGAAAAUUUAUUAAGAGCUGUCCGUAAAGAAAUUGAAACAGAAAUUCAAUUUUCAAAAAAAGAAACUGAUAUUUAUAAAGUAAAUCAAAGUGGUGAUCUAGCCAAUUUAUCUAAAUUAGAUUGGAAUGAUCUAUCAAGACUACCAAAUCUUUUUAAACUACGUGAAAUUUUAUAUUCUGAAAAAUAUAGAAAGUUUUUCUCUUUUAUUACUCAAUCAGGUGACUUAUCUAGUGAAAAGACAGAUAUGAGUAUUAAUACUUAUACUAAAGGUUGUCAUUUAGUUCCUCAUGAUGAUGUCAUUGGUUCUAGACGUAUUAGUUUUAUUUUAUAUUUACCAGACCCUGAUAGAACCUGGAAAUCUCAUUAUGGUGGGGGGUUAAGACUUUAUGAUACUAUAAUGCCAAAUAUUCCGCAAAAUGAUCCAUGUGCCAAAUUAGUCCCUCAAUUUAAUCAAAUCGCAUUUUUCAAAGUUAACCCAGGGUUUUCAUUCCAUGAUGUAGAAGAAGUGAAGGUUGAUAAACAUAGACUAUCUAUUCAAGGCUGGUAUCAUAUACCUCAACCUGGUGAAAAGGCAUACAUUGUUAAUGAAGAAAAAAGCUGGAUUCAAAAAAAUAUUACUGAUUUAGUUCCAUUAGAUCAACACAUUUUACAAGAUUUUGAAUUCCCAAAGGAAGAAAGAGAAUUUUUAUCUACUUAUCAAAUUAAACAUUUUGAGACUAUUCUAAAUGAGGAGAAAAGUAUCACUGAAAGUUUGUCAAUUCCGAAAGAGUUAAAGACAAUUCCAUUGGAAGAUAAAUUUUUAUCUAAAGAGGAAGUCAAAUACCUAAGGAAAUAUAUUUCUGAAGAGCAUUUAACUGAAGAAGGUAUUACCAAGUUACAGACUCAAUUUUCAGAAAAUUCCUUUUUAACUAUUGAGACAUUUUUAAAUAAUGAAAAAUCUGAACUUUUGAAAGAAUUAAUUAAAAUUACAGAAUUAGAAAAGGAUUGUCCAUAUGUUAGUAAAGAUGUAUCUUAUCCAUGGAAAACUGCUAUGCCAUCUCAUAAACGUAAAUAUCUUUAUAUUGAUGGUAAAAAAUUUCAAAAAUUCGAGACAGGUGAAGAUUUGAUAGCUACAAUUAAUAAUGAUGAGUUAUCGAAUUUCGAAAUGGUUAAAGAAAUAAUAUCUUCCAAGAAGACAAGUAAUGAUGAUUAUGGGGUUGAAAUCGAAUUAAUUGAACUAAGUUGUUUCUUCAAGAGUUUAAUUUUCAAGAAAUAUUUGUUAUUAUUGACAUCAUUAUGUUUAGUUAGUGAACAAAUUUUAAUUAGAAGGUUUAGACCAGGUUUAGAUUUCACUUUAGCCAAUAAAUGUCAAUUAAAUGUUAAACAUUUCAAUGAAAUAUUAGAUAAUGUAUUAGAAGGUACGUUAUGUUUAACACCAUCUAAAGGAUGGGAAAGUGGAGAAGUUGGUGGAUAUGAAAUGUAUAUGAUGGAUGAUACAAAGGAAAAAUUAGAAGAUGAAGUCGAUAUAGAAGCUGAAUGGUACAAGAACGAUGACGGUGGAGAUUCAGUCUUAUUAAAUUGUAAACCAAGUUGGAAUUCCUUCAAUUUAGUCCUACGUGAUGAAAGUGUUUUAGAAUUUGUUAAAUAUGUUAGUUGGUCAGCUAAAUCUAGUAGAUGGGAUAUUAAAUUGAAAUAUGAUGUAAAAAGUUUAGAGGAAGAUGAAGGAGAUGAUGAAAAUGAAGAAGGUGACGAAUAG